ACAAAUGUUCACAAACAGCUGGUACGUGACAAUGCAGAUCUGCGUUGUGAGCUUCCUAAACUGGAGAAACGUCUUCGGUCUACGGCGGAGCGAGUUAAGGCCUUGGAGGGUGCACUAAAGGAGGCCAAGGAGAGCGCCAUGAGGGAGCGCCGGCGCUAUCAGCAGGAGGCCCAGCGCAUCAAGGACGUCAUGAGGGUCCGCUACCCGCUCAGGCAUCCCCACGCCGCACAGACCGCCAAGCCCGUUCGUCCUGGUCACUUCUCCGUUGCCUCUCCCACCAACCCACUGGUGAUGCGCAACAGUGACCACCCCAUCGCCCAUAGCAACGUGCUGUUCCAGAACAGCCCCCAGGCCGGCCCCCAGCAGCAGCCCCCGAACCCCAGCACCACGCAGGAGAUCACGGCCCCAGUGGAGGUGAGCAAUGCCACAGUCAACUCCUCAGAGACAUCGGAGUCCCAUCAGCUCAAUGUGGCCAACGAAACCCAAAAAUCACAACUUCCACUGCAUCUCUAUGGGACUGUGAGCUGAAGAUCUUCCCGAGCCUUCUUUGAAUCAAAGAAAGACAUGACCAAUCCCAAGAGGACCCAAGUACUGCUGCAGUGAGGAAGAGAGAUGCCACUCUGAGAUGCCUCUUUGAGUAUAUGGGAGAGAGUGGACAGGAGCUCAUCUCUGACUACUGUGUAAGUAUUGUCUCAAAGCGAGUUUGGGUCAGUCUGGUGAACAGGUUUAAAUUGCGCUGACUGUG